UGAAUAUCAUUCCUUUUUAAGUCAGAAGAAAAUAAAAAUGUCUAGUAAACUCUUGAGCCUUAAUCCAUAUAUUGACAGUGAUGGUUUAAUAAGAGUAGGUGGUAGGAUUCAAAAGGCGAAGGUUUCUGAGGAACAAAGGCUGGUAUUGACUACGCAGGUCCAAUUGAAAUUCGGGACAGAAAAACUAGAAAUCCCAAACUUUUAAAGGCGUACAUAUGUAUUUUUAUUUGUAUGAGUACAAAAUGUAUUCAUCUAGAGUGCGUGACAGAUCUCACAAGUCAAUCGUUUAUUUUGGUUUUGCGGCGAUUUGUUGCGAGAAGAGGUAAACCUUUGCACCUUUAUUCUGACAAUGGCACUAAUUUUGUCGGGGCCAAUUCAAUUUUACGUCAAUUUUUUGAGUCCAAUUCUGAUAAGAUUGAUUCUGCUUUGUCUAGUGAAGGUAUUAACUGGCACUUUAUACCUCCCAGGGCUCCUAAUUUUGGCGGGUUAUGGGAAUCGGGCAUUAAAUGUGUUAAGUAUCAUUUAAAACGCGUAAUUGGUGAAGCUAAACUUACCUACGAAGAGCUUAGCACGAUUUUAACGCAAAUAGAGGGAGUGUUAAACUCCAGACCUUUAUCGCCAUUGUCAACGGACCCUGAGGAUGUGACACCUCUGACCCCAGCUCAUUUUCUGCUGGGAAGACCGAUGACAGCCCUUCCCGAUGAUGACUACAAGCAAGUGCCUGAAAAUCGUCUUGCCAAGUUUCAGCGACUUCAAUCAAUCGUGCAACACUUUUGGGAGCGUUGGAACAAAGAAUAUAUUUCGGAGUUGCAAAGCCGGGUCAAGUGGAAGAAAAAUCAUCCUUCUUUGUUGAAGCUUGGAUCGAUUGUGCUGAUUAAGGAGGACAAUUUGCCGAUUUCAGCAUGGAAGCUAGGUCGAGUCACAGAAUUACACUACGGUGAAGACAAGGUCGUACGAGUCGCCACAGUUAUGUGCAAGGACAGGACCUGUUGUAAACGGGCUGUUACAAAACUUUGUGUGCUGCCUAUCAGUGAAAAUAAUUUAAUAGAAUAGAAUUAAUUUUAAAAUAUGUUCUGUUAAUGCCUGAUUGGUAUUGUAUUUUAUUUAAGUUAGUUUAAUAUUUUUUCUUAAGGCUAAGGCACUUGUAACAAUUUAAAUUUAUUUAGUUUGCUUGUUUUUUAUAUUACUAAUGUUGAUAUUGAUAUUUCAAGGCGGGCGGCAUGUUAGGGCCAAAUUUGAACAGCGGCAUCACCGCUCGUAGUUAGUUUAAUGAGAGUCUUCAAUAAGCUCACACCACGACGCCGUUCCUAUGUACCAGUCGUUACUUUUACGGUUGUAUUUAAUAUAAAUAUUAAAGUUAUUACAAAUAAA